UUUAAUUCCUUUUCAGAUUGGUGGACGACAGAUGCGUGGUAUGCCCCGAGGCUGGAGAUUUAUCGAAUCCACCCAAGAAGUUCAGAGGUAAAGCUCUAUCAUAAAAAAUAAAUAUCAUCUUAGUUUAUGGUCUUUUAAUCAGAUACUUUGGAUACGAUCGAUUCUUUCGUCCAAUUGAUGAAUCACAGCGCUGGUGUUUCGUGUCGUUUCUAGAUUGCCUGUUCAAAAUAUGCCCUAUGAAUCGUUACUCCGCCCAAAAGCAAUUUUGGAAGGCGGCGAAGCAAAGCGCCAGCGGCACCGACGCCGUGCUUCUAAAAAGACUGCACCUGUUGCAUUUGAAAUCCAAUAAAUUUCUAACGGUGAACAAGAGACUUCCGGCGCUGCUCGAGAAGAACGCGAUGAGGGUGUACCUGGACGCGAACGGAAACGAGGGCUCUUGGCUGUACAUAAUGCCAUUCUACAAACUUCGUAGCGACGGCGACAGCGUGGUUGUCGGUGACAAGGUGAUUUUGGAGCCGGUGAAUGCUGGAAGACAAGGCCUUCACGUGGCCGCUAAUUACGAAUUGAGCGACAAUCCUGGUUGCAAGGAGGUGAACGUAGUGAACGCGGCUACCUCUUGGAAAGUAACGUUAUUUAUGGAGCACAGGGAGAACCAGGAGGAGAUUCUAAAAGGUGGAGAUGUUGUACGGUUGUUUCACGCGGAACAAGAGAAGUUCCUCACGAUGGACGAAUACAAGAAGAAGCAACACGUGUUUCUUAGGACCACUGGUAGGACUAGCGCCACUGCAGCUACGAGCAGCAAAGCUUUGUGGGAGGUCGAGGUCGUUCAACACGAUCCUUGCAGAGGAGGAGCAGGUCACUGGAACUCGCUGUUCAGAUUCAAACAUUUGGCAACGGGACAAUAUUUGGCUGCAGAAAUCGACACCGAUGAACCACGUGAGACCACAAAAGGCAAGCGUGAUCCUCCUGGACCAGUGUAUAGAUUAGUGUCAGUGCCACACAGUAACGAAAUAAGUUCCUUAUUCGAGUUGGACCCAACUACGUUAACCAGAGGCGACAGUUUGGUUCCACAAUCAUCGUUCGUCAGGUUGCAUCAUAUAUGUACAAACACUUGGGUUCAUUCGACCAGCGUACCAAUCGAUAAAGAUGACGAAAAACCUGUUAUGUCAAAGGUUGGCUGUGCAAUCAAUAAAGAAGAUAAAGAGGCGUUUGCACUGAGGUCAGUAUCGCCAGUUGAAGUGCGGGAUCUGGAUUUCGCGAAUGACGCGUGUAAAGUAUUAGCGUCGAUUAGUGGUAAACUGGAGAAGGGCACGAUCUCGCACAAUGAAAGAAGAGCCGUGACCAGUUUAUUACAGGAUAUAGUGUAUUUUAUAGCCGGGCUAGAGAACGAGCAGAAUAAGUCCGAAGCUUUAGAUUUAAUCGUCACCAAUGCUGUCAGAGAUCGACAAAAGUUAUUGCGAGAACAAUACAUACUUGGUCAAUUAUUUAAAAUACUUCAGGCUCCAUUCUUAGAGUCUGCAGAAGGUGAGGGACCAUUUCUUAGGAUAGAAGAAUUGAACGACCCACGACACGCGCCGUACAAAUAUAUGUUUCGUUUAUGCUAUCGAAUACUUAGACUGUCUCAACAAGAUUAUCGGAAAAACCAAGAAUAUAUUGCGAAACACUUCGCUUUCAUGCAAAAGCAAAUUGGAUACGACAUUUUGGCGGAAGACACUAUCACUGCAUUGUUACACAAUAACAGAAAAUUAUUAGAGAAGCAUAUCACCGCAGCAGAGAUUGAGACUUUUGUGGGACUUGUGAGGAAAAAUAUGCACAAUUGGGAAUCCAGAUUCUUGGAUUAUUUAUCAGACUUAUGUAUUUCUAACAGAAAAGCGAUCGCCGUGACGCAAGAAUUAAUUUGCAAAAGUGUGUUAAGUGAAAAGAAUAAAGAUAUACUUUUAGAAACUAGAAUGACGAAAACUCAGGUUGAGGUUGAAGAGUUGGAUGAGAAACAGGAGAAUGACGAACCACGGAUCACUGUGAUGGAAGAGUAUGAGGUUUUUCUUGUAUGGAAUAAUGGAUCGAAAUCAAUGUCUUUAAACGAGUUAUCAAGAGGAGCAAAGAUAGGCAAUGUUCAAGAUGCAGCAAUAUUGGAUUAUUACAGACAUCAAUUAAAUCUCUUCAGUAAUAUGUGUCUGAAUAGACAGUACUUGGCGCUAAAUAAUUUGUCACCACAUUUGGACAUUGGUCUUAUACUUAAGUGUAUGGAGGAUGAGACAGUGCCGUAUGAAUUACGCGCCUCAUUUUGUCGACUUAUGCUGCAUCUUCACGUUGACAGAGAUCCGCAGGAGCAAGUGACGCCAGUCAAAUAUGCUCGACUUUGGUCUGAAAUUCCGUCGAAAAUGAGCAUUAACGAUUAUGAUGCAAACAGGAUGCGGGACCAAAAUAAAGAAGGCGUACGUGCUAAGUUUAGCGCGACUAUAAUGUUUGUGGAAGAUUAUUUAUGUAAUGUUGUGGCAAAAAUGUGGUCUUUCGCCGAUCAGGAACAGAACAAACUCACGUUCGAAGUCGUCAAACUGGCGCGCGAUUUAAUUUAUUUCGGAUUCUACAGUUUCAGUGAUCUUUUGAGAUUAACGAAAACAUUGCUCAGUAUUUUGGAUUGUAUUUCAGAGAACGAUGUAGCUGACGGGAAAAUUCCAACUGCGGAAGGUGGAGUGUUGAGAUGUAUCGGAGAUAUGGGCGCAGUAAUGACGAGCUUAACAUUGGGUCCAGCUGGCCAAGUAUUGGCAGGAAGUUCAUCACCAAGGCCGAAGCCACUUUUGAAAAAAGAGUAUCCCCUAGUAAUGGACACAAAACUAAAGAUAAUCGAAAUUUUGCAAUUCAUACUCGACGUUCGACUGGACUAUAGGAUUUCUUGUUUACUGAGCAUUUUCAAGCAAGAGUUCGACGAAACCGAAAGAGCUUCCGGUGAUCUGAGUCUUGGUCAGAAAACUAUCGAUUUAGAAUUAAUAGGCACACAAGCAGAGGGUAUAUUCGGUAGCAGCGAGGAGUGUGCAGCGUUGGAUUUAGACGGCCAAGGUGGCAAAACAUUUCUGCGUGUUUUACUUCACUUGGCUAUGCACGAUUAUCCGCCGCUGGUUUCUGGAGCGUUACAUUUGCUUUUUAGACACUUCAGCCAAAGACAAGAAGUCCUACAGGCGUUUAAACAAGUGCAACUUUUGGUUUCCGAUAGUGAUGUAGAAUCUUACAAGCAAAUAAAAUCCGAUUUGGAUGUUUUACGACAGUCGGUCGAGAAAUCGGAACUUUGGGUUUAUAAAUCUAAAGCGUCGGAAGAACAUGGCAAUAAGAAGAAGAAGAGUAAAGAGGAAGAAGACGAUGGAGCUACCCCUCGGAAAGCUCCGCCUCAGUUGUCCACGUCGGAUAAAAAAGGUUUCCAUAACUGUUUUAUAUGUAUAGAAUUAUUAAAGAAAAAGGGAAGAAAAGAAUAUAGAAUGCAGGAAUGUAGAAACACAAUAACGCAAAAAUUAUCUGUAAUUGUAGGCUCUGCGAUAGAUCUAGACAUUGGCCCGCCGUUACACUCUGACCAAGCGGAGGAAUAUAAAAAGAUACAACAGAUCUUAAUUCGAAUGAACAAAUUAUGCAUUCAAACGAUAGGUGGUCAAAUAAAACCACGAAAACACGAGCAAAGACUUUUACGUAACGUUGGCGUACACACGGUCGUACUAGAUUUGUUGCAAGUUCCGUUUGACACGAAAGAAGACGUCAGAAUGAACGAGCUAAUGCGACUAGCGCAUGAUUUCCUGCAGAACUUCUGUUUAGGAAAUCAACAGAAUCAAGUCCUUUUACAUAAACAGUUGGAUUUGUUCUUGAAUCCCGGUAUACGCGAAGCUCAAACAGUAUGUAGCAUUUUUCAAGACAACUCGACUUUGUGCAAUGAAGUAAGUGCUAAGGUGAUACAGCAUUUUGUGCAUUGCAUAGAAACUCAUGGGAAACAUGUGCAAUAUUUGAAAUUCCUUCAAACGAUAGUAAAAGCUGAGAAUCAGUUUAUUAGGAAGUGUCAGGAAAUGGUGAUGCAGGAAUUGGUCCAAGCAGGUGAAGACGUUUUAGUUUUCUAUAAUGAUCGAGCUUCUUUCAAUCACUUUGUGGAAAUGAUGCGAUCCGAACGACACCGGAUGGACGAAAGUAGUCCACUCAAGUACCACGUAGAAUUAGUUAAAUUAUUAGCUUGUUGUACAAUGGGCAAAAACGUUAAUACAGAAAUUAAAUGUCACAGUCUUUUGCCACUAGAUGAUAUUGUUGCUAUGGUGUCGCAUCCAGACUGUAUACCAGAAGUAAAAGAAGCAUACAUCAAUUUUCUGAAUCAUUGUUACAUUGACACGGAAGUCGAAAUGAAAGAAAUAUACACGUCGAAUCAUAUGUGGUCGUUGUUCGAGAAGUCUUUCAUAGUAGAUAUGGGAAUUAUAGCUACAGCCACACACGAUCGUGAUCACGCUGAUAUAGCGCUGGAAAAUUAUGUGACAGGUUGCCUAAUGAAUAUCAUUACAACGUUCUUUAGCAGUCCAUUUUCAGAUCAAAGUACCACAGUACAGACACGACAACCUAUAUUCGUUCAAUUGCUUCAUGCGGCUUUUAAAGUCUCGCAAUGCCCGUGGUUAAACGCUGGUCAAAGAUUUAAUGUCGAAAAUUGUAUACGAACGUUGUCGGACGUAGCUAAAGGAAGAGGUAUAGCCAUUCCAACAGAUUUGGAAAGCCAAGUUGCUUCUAUGUUCAAUAAGGCAGCGAUGCUUAGUAGACAGACGAGCAAAUGGCUUCAAGCUGCUAAACAACCAAAGAUAGAACGUACACAGAGCCAGCUAAUGCGUUUGGAUCGAAGUAUCAUAGAAGGUUUACAAGACAUAGUGUCGUUGUUGGAAGAACAAUUGAAACCACUAGUUCAGUCAGAAUUAUCUUUGUUAGUGGACAUACUCUAUCGUCCAGAAUUACUGUUCCCAGCAGCGACUGACGCUCGAAAACGAUGCGAGAAUGGUGGCUUUAUCAAAAGAUUAAUCAAACACACCGAAAAGUUACUCGAAGAGAAAGAAGAGAAGUUAUGCGUGAAGGUGUUGAGAACUCUCAGGGAGAUGAUGGCCAUCGACCCUGAAUACGGCGAGAAGGGAGAUGUACUGAGACACAAUCUUCUGGCUCGUUACUUCGGAAAGUCUUUCAUACAGAAACCGGAAAACGUGGAAAUCGGAGUGUCACACACUGCUCCAGUUACCCAUGGACCAGGGGCUAAAUUGUUGAGUCGGGCAGGACGAACGUUGCACGAGAUUCAAAGUCAUCUGGAUCGCGAGGGUGCCUCAGAUUUGGUGGUGGAGUUGGUGAUCAAAAGCGUUCACUCGCCGAGUAUAUUCGUCGAAGCUAUAGAACUUGGUAUCGCGUUGUUAGAAGGAGGAAAUCCGAUUAUACAGAAGAGCGUGUUCAAUAAAUUGAUGGGUGGUGACUUGAGUCAAUCUUUCUUCAAGGUGUUUUACGACAAAAUGAAAGACGCUCAGCAAGAAAUAAAAUCCACGGUCACGGUGAACACGUCCGACAUAGCAGCGAAAGCUCACGAGGACAAGGAGCAGAAUAAAGAAAUAGAGAAGAUAUCAAAGAAGCGUACGUCAGGAAAACCUAACGGAAUAGUAAUAACAGAUGAGUUACGAGAUGAAUUAAAUCAAGCCGCAUCUUCCACUGUGCAGGCGUACGCGAAUGUACGUAAUCUUGCUUCCGGUGAAGAUGCAACGAACAACGCGGCUCUGGGAAGCGCGUUGGAAGAUAUGAUAGCAGAGAAACUGGAGAGGCAUCGCACUGGUGGAACUGGUAACGAAAGGGACGAAGGACAAUUGAGCGCGAAAGUUCUGGUGAUGCAACCGAUUUUACGUUUUCUUCAGUUGUUGUGUGAAAAUCACAAUCGCGACUUGCAGAAUUUCCUACGCAAUCAGAAUAACAAGACGAACUUUAAUCUGGUAUCUGAAACACUCAUGUUUUUGGAUUGCAUUUGUGGUUCAACGACUGGUGGAUUAGGAUUGCUAGGAUUGUAUAUAAACGAGCAGAACGUUGCGUUAAUCAAUCAGACUUUGGAAACGUUGACGGAGUAUUGCCAGGGACCAUGUCACGAUAAUCAGAACUGUAUCGCGACGCACGAGUCUAACGGAUUGGAUAUAAUCACAGCCUUGAUUUUGAACGACAUCAAUCCUUUGGGAAAGACUCGAAUGGACCUAGUUUUGGAGUUGAAAAAUAACGCUAGCAAAUUGUUGCUCGCCAUAAUGGAAAGUAGAGGUGAUAGCGAAAAUGCGGAAAGAAUUAUGUAUAAUAUGAAUCCGAAGCAGUUGGUCGAUGUUGCGUGUCGUGCAUUCCAUCAGGAAUCAUUGGACGAUGACGGUGAUGUGGAUGACUCGUCCACAGAUGGUGAAGAAGGAGUGUCACCCAAAGAGGUCGGACAUAACAUUUAUAUUUUGUGUCACCAAUUGGCACAGCAUAACAAAGAAUUAGCAUCGAUGUUGAAACCAUCCGAACAGAAUAACGCAGAUCCGAAAAUUAAUAAGGCGUUGCAAUAUUAUGCGACCCACACAGCUCAAAUCGAGAUUGUCAGGCACGAUAGAACGCUGGAACAAAUUGUAUUUCCAAUCCCUGAAAUUUGCGAGCUGAUCACACUGGACACGAAGAUUAAAGUAUUGCACACUACAGAACGUGACGAUCAAGGCUCGAAGGUUUCUGAUUUCUUCGAAAGAACUGAAGACAUGUUUAACGAGAUGAAAUGGCAGAAGAAACUCAGAGGACAACCAGUACUAUUUUGGAUGAGCAGCUAUAUGUCACUUUGGAGCAAUAUCUUAUUCAAUUGUGCAGUACUCAUAAACCUUAUCGUAGCUUUCUUCUAUCCGUUUAUAGAUUCUGUGCCUAAACUAAGUUCACACUUGUCUGCUCUUAUCUGGACGGUGAUGCUUUCGUCAACUAUUAUUGUCAUUACCUUACCUCGAGAAUCUGGCAUACGAACGUUAGUAGCUUCAACGAUAUUACGAUUGAUCUUUUCAAUAGGACCAGAGCCGACGUUAUGGUUACUUGGUUUUCUUACGGUUGUAUUAAAAGUUGUACAUCUUAUAAGUAUUAUAGGUAAUCAGGGCACUUUGACAAAGAGCCUAGAGCAAAUAGUGACGAACGUCGAAGUUUUGUAUCAUAUGUCGUAUCUUAUAUUUUGCGUUCUCGGCAUUUGUAUGCACCCAUUUUUCUACUCGGUUUUACUCUUCGACGUAGUGUAUCGCGAAGAAACGUUGCUCAAUGUAAUAAAAUCUGUCACGAGGAACGGAAGAUCCAUCAUACUUACUGCUGUAUUGGCGUUAAUUCUAGUGUACAUGUUCUCCAUUAUCGGUUUCAUGUUCUUCAAAGACGAUUUCCUCGUGACAGUUGACGAGGAUAUCAUGUUGAAUGAGAAUGACAGCGAAGCAGAUGUAAUUAACGUUGGCGGAGAACUGAAGGAACGAGCAUGCGAUUCUCUGGUUAUGUGCAUUGUUACGACUUUGAAUCAAGGUUUAAGAAACGGUGGCGGCAUUGGGGAUAUUCUACGGGCACCAUCUAGCACUGAACCUCUGUUCGUUGCCAGAGUUGUAUACGAUUUACUGUUCUUCUUCAUCGUGAUAAUUAUCGUUCUGAACCUUAUCUUUGGUGUCAUCAUUGAUACGUUCGCCGACCUCAGAUCAGAAAAACAGCAAAAGGAAUUGAUUUUGAAGAACACUUGCUUCAUUUGUGGGCUGAACAGAUCAUCCUUCGAUAACAAAACAGUUUCGUUCGAGGAGCACGUGAAGCACGAGCAUAACAUGUGGCAUUACUUGUACUUCAUUGUUCUGGUAAAAGUGAAAGAUCCAACGGAAUUCACGGGGCCAGAGUCUUACGUGUACGCGAUGGUGAAGGACCGAAAUCUUGACUGGUUCCCGAGAUUAAGGGCCAAAUCGUUGGCAGCAGACGAGGGUGAGGGGGAACAAGUAGAAUUAAGAAGUUUGCAAUCUCAGUUAGAGUCCACGCAACAGUUAGUGAAGUGUUUGUCUCAGCAACUUACCGAGCUUCGCGAUCAAAUGACGGAGCAACGAAAGCAGAAACAGCGGCUAGGCCUUUUGAAUUCUGCAUCCGCGUUUUUACACAAUGUGCCAACGUAAAUCUAUAUAAACAAUAAGAUAAGCGUACUUUCGGAGGAUUUUGUUUCUAAUCACACAGGAAUCUCAAUUUGAUACUCUUACCUACUGAAUGAUAUUUAAUGCGUAAGUUUGUGUGUUCUUAAGAAGCAUUUAAAGACACAGGGAAGUACUGAGAAAGUAACACGUAGCAUUUGUACGGUUUUGUUCCUAAUUUUGAAGAAAGUUAUCCACGUAGUGUAAUGAUAACUCGGUUAUAUUAAGAGUAACGUUAAUUUCGUUGUUUUCGAACGAGGAAAAGAAUAUCUUAAGCGAUGAGUUAUAUCGGUGAAAACAAAUUGCAACACUUUACGUCAAAUAUUAACUGUCUUUCAAUUGUCAAGUCAAUUUCAUUUCAUAUAAUUUCCAUGGAGGACCGUGUUACUUAAAAAACGAUCGCGAAGAACUUCGUGUUACAAAUAUAGAAUGGUGUCAUGAUCAUUUAUAUCGUUACACGCAUAAGUAGCCAAAGGUACGUAUCGAAGUAUGUUGCUGCAAAUAGAGCAUACCUGAAAUUCUUAUCGGCAAAGAUUUUAGUAUUUCAACGGCUUGUUUAAAACGAGCCUCAGAGAACGUUGAUGUUUCGUAAUCCAUAAAAUGGAUAUGUAAAAUAACCGUCUGAUUGAUUUUAUAGAUUAGCAAAAGUUUCUCGGUUGUGUUUAUAGAUGUUUAAGUUUGUAAGAUAGAGACACACUUUCCAACUUGCUUAUUAUUUAAAAGAAUAGGAGGACUAUAUCUACCUGACUCUUGCAUUGUUAUUCGAAACGCACAGAUUUGUUAGUGUUACGUGUGCAGAAAUAUUUCGACGAAACGACUCGUUUCUUUUUAAACGUCGCAUAAUAACUGUAAGAGUUAUUCAAAAUGUUGAAUCAUUCGCGAGAAGGACCGUGUGACAAAUUUCUAAACCUAGAUAGAUGUUACCUCGUUAUCUUGAAUGAAUUCACGAAGCAAUAGAAAGCAAAGGGCAGGAUGAUCGUUGGGAAAUUCCGAUGUUCUUGUUGUCUAUUUUUCACGGCUUUGGUAAAUAAUAGGUGAGCGCACGAUAGUUGAGCUAAAAUAUGGAUAAUCGUUUCGGACGAUCAUCGUGUGACAGAUUUUCAUGCGGAUUGCUCUUUAAUAUUUGUAGGGAAUCAAUGUCAAUAAAUAUCGUUGUUUAAUUUCGAACGGAUAGAUGUAUAUUAAGAUAAUUGUUGUACCUAAAGUAUGUUGAAAUCUAUAGAAAUUGUUAUACUAUGCACUCACGGAAUAUCGAGUUACGUUUAUCGAUUCGUUAGAAAGUUUAUUUUUCCGCUAACAACUCCAACUUUCAACCCUCGGACGAUAUCCAACGUCCUUGUUUAUAUAAACAUGUAUGUAUAUGAAUAUAUCGUACGUUGAUGACUUUCCUUUUUUUUUUUCGUUUAAAUAGCGAGAUUAGAUGUACUGUAUAUAUCAAUUUUAUUGGAUGUUCGCCACAAUCUGUGAAAUCGUACGUGUUUGAGAGUACAAUUUGCGAAGCAACAACUAUCGAAAUAUCGUUUCUGUUCGUGCCAAUCUUAUGGGAUAUUAGCGAAUUGUUAUUUAAGACUUUCACCUUGCAUCGAAGAGAAUAAAACAAACCGCAGACGUGUUAUCCGUAGAUGCAUAUGUUUCUCAUCUUUCGACCGUAGGAUAUGUAUAAAUAUGUAUGUAGAUUGUAUUAAAACUUGUAUGUGAAUAAAUCGUCCUUUUUUU